GGACGAUUUUUUUCUUGGAAUCCUCUUCGAGUGUACAGCCUCCCGUGCACUUCGUCGCUCUCAUACUUGACGAUGGUCAUCUACAGCUGUUCUGGAUGCUCGGCGUUAAGCUGGAAUCUAUCAGGGCACGCGAGACGUUACCAAUGUCGUCCUGGGUCGACAUCAGGAUCAAUUUAUCGCCUUCAGCUGCAGCUAUCUACGUCAACGACACAUUGGCUGCAUCGACUUCGCUCUUGCCAUCGAGGGAUCAGCUAAUCAGCAAAAGCAGUACAAUCUUCCUGGGUGGAGUUCCCGAUGAACGAAAUCUUCCGGAUGAUUUGAAACGCUUUGCAAAGGGUUUCUCGGGAGCAAUUGGGCAGCUGAAGAUUAACGAAAGGCCAUUCAAUAUUCACCGAGUUGUGAGGGUAU